GCGGGCCGAUGAGAUGGUGAAUCGGUGUCCACGUCGCAUCAGCGGCAAGCAGGGCAGCGGAGCCAAGAUGGCGGAGGCAGAAGAGAGCCGGGCUGGGGGAGUCGCGAAACCGCUGUUUGCAGGUCUCUCAGAUGUGUCAAUAUCAGAAGAUAUUCCAGUGGAAGGGGAGAUCACAGUUCCUGUUGGAUCUCACUCCCCUGAUGAAGACUACUCCACAUUGGAUGAACCUGUUAAGGAUACUAUUAUGCGAGAUCUAAAGGCAGUUGGAAAGAAAUUUGUGCAUGUCAUGUAUCCCAAAAAGAGCAGCGCGCUCCUCAGAGACUGGGAUCUUUGGGGUCCUUUGGUGCUGUGUGUUUCACUUGCACUGAUGCUUCAGGGAGGGUCAGCAGACAGUAAAGAAGAUGGAGGUCCCCAGUUUGCUGAGGUCUUUGUUAUCAUCUGGUUUGGAGCAGUUGUCAUUACACUAAACUCAAAACUGCUUGGAGGAACCAUAUCUUUUUUUCAGAGCCUUUGUGUCCUGGGUUACUGUGUCCUGCCUCUGACAGUGGCUAUGCUCGUGUGCAGGCUGGUACUACUAGCAAGCUCGGGGACUGUCAGCUUCAUUGUGCGACUUGUUGUAGUGAUGGCUAUGUUUGGCUGGUCAACCCUAGCAUCCACAGCCUUCCUGGCAGACAGCCAGCCUCCAAAUCGCAAAGCUCUUGUUGUUUACCCCAUAUUCCUCUUCUACUUUAUCAUCAGCUGGAUGAUUCUCACCUUUACACCUCAGUGAUGAGGGAUCAACAGAGACUGCACAACACAGAACUGAAAGUUUUCAUAAGUGCUGCUGUUAAUUUGUGGACUUUAUCUCCAAUUCAUAGAUAUUGCAUAACAUAAAAAAAGCAGGCUAUGGAAUAAAGCCAGAGAGCUGAAGCAUUUAUCAUUUCUAAGAAUGAGAUAUACAAAGAGCCAGUUGCUCGACAGAUGCAGAAAUCCAGCUACCGAAUUUUAUUUAAUCUUGCUGUUUAGUAUAAAUAAAAGAAUGCCCAGUCUGAGAAGAGACUGUCUCAUCUGAGGAAUGCAGACUAAGGAAGGAAGUUUCUUUGAGAAUAGAGAGGAUAAAAUCCUAUCUUGGAACUUCAAGAAAAUUGAUAAUUGAAGACUAGGUAAUAACUAUCUGACUUAGCAGAAUUCCAGUUCAUGUUUCGAGUUCUCUUUAAAUUGAAUAUUGCCCUCUGAAUAAUAGAACACAUUUCCUGACUCAUACUGGGUAGGGAAGAAGGGUAUCUAAAUCCUGUCUUUCUCCUAGAUGUGCAAAGAGGUGAAAUCUAUACAAAGUGCAUCACAGGGGCAAUAAUUUUUCCUUUUCAGAUCAAAUUUCAGGUCUCAGCAAAAAUACACGUUUGCUCCAUGCUUUUCUUCAUCAGAGCAUGUCUGAAGGGAGCUGUUUCUGUUCAUACUGAUGCAAACUGCUCUUGUGCAUUUAUGCACUUCAGUCAUUUCAUGUGUGUUGGGAACAGUUCACAAGCUAAAUGUCUCAAAUACUAGUGUGACACUAACUGAUCCAUACAAUUUCAUGAGGAGAUGGUGUUUACACUGGACGGUUACAAAUUCC